CUGCGUGUGCUCUCGCCAAUUGGAACUGCGAAUAUACUGCCCGUGUAUAUAUGUAAAUGUUUAUAAUUAGCAAUUUUUCUACGAAACAAACGAUUAAAUAAUGCAGUUUUCUGCCCACUAAAUGCCAAAUACAACACACAGACUGCGAGCCACGAACGGUGAUGUGAUCAAAGUACUAGACUAAUCCAACGAAAAACGCGAGUCCAUUUUAAAGCGAAGUAUAAAGUGCCAAACAAAGGGACUGCGAGCAGCCGAACCCAGUCCAAAUCCAAUCAUUAUACUCGGUCCGUGACCUGCCGACGAGCCAGCGAGUAGGGCAAUAAGCAUGGGCAACGCCAGCUCCUCCGUGCACAUGCAACGCGAGCGCCACAAGUCGACCGACUUGUCCACGCCGAGCUCUCCCGCACAUUUCCGCGAUUCGAUGGGCGGAGGAGGAGCGGGACAGGGCGGGAGUGCUGGCGCAGCAGCUCUGGGCGCUGCAGCGGGGGCGGCGGGAGCUGCAGGGGGUGGAGGAGGUGGCGGCGGAGGCCAAGCUUUCUCGUUCGACAAAAAACAUACGGCAGUCUUGAACGAGGGCUCGUCGCAAGAAGACGACGACCCGUACUACACGGGAACUGGAACUGGAUCCACUAGACGAGGCACCGCACACGACGACGCGACAUCAGCUGUUACCCGAGACCACUCCAGCAUGGACAACAACGAGGAGGAUGAGGAGGCGGCGGCAGGAGCGGAGCCAGCGACUGGAUCUCAGUUAACCGGCGAUGAGGACGACAUCCGGAAGACGGCACUGCCGACCGUUCUGCGGUGGGACGGCGGCGGCAAGAACGUCACCAUCUCGGGCACAUUCUCCGACUGGAAGCCCAUGACCAUGGUGCGCAGCCAUCAGAACUUCGUGACCAUCAUCGAUCUGCCGGAGGGCGACCAUCAGUACAAGUUCUGCGUGGACGGCGAGUGGAAGCACGAUCCCAAGCUGAAAAGCGUGGAGAACGCCGAGGGGCAGAGAAAUAACUUGGUGUCCGUGCGGGAAUCCGAUUUCGAGGUAUUCCAGGCCCUGGCCAAAGACAGCGAGAACGUGACCAACUAUGCAGAGAAGGAGUACUCGCAGGAGGUGCCGCAGGUGAAGCCCUGGGAGAAGGUAUCUGGCCCGCCAGUUCUGCCGCCUCACCUGCUCCAGGUCAUCCUCAACAAGGACACACCGCUAUCGUGUGAACCCACUCUGCUGCCGGAACCCAACCACGUGAUGCUGAACCACUUGUACGCCCUGUCCAUCAAGGAUGGCGUCAUGGUCCUGAGUGCCACGCACAGGUAUCGCAAGAAGUACGUCACCACGCUGCUGUACAAGCCCAUUUAGGCAACUCGCAAUUGGUAUUUUAGCUGUAGGAAGAUGGUUUUUAUGAGGGAUACCACGUCCCGCUUGUCAAAUUUACCUUAUUAUGCAGUAAAAGUGUUUUAGUUUUCUCUCUAUUAAGCGUUGUAUUUUUAUUAGUUAUAAAUAUACGGAACUUGUAAAAAUAUAAGAUUAUUGCAUUGUGUCAUAA